CCUGGUGGCGUUCUGGUUGGUCAAGAGAAUGUGACUGCACAUGCCCAUGACGGUUUUCAGCGUUUUGACAAGACGGGUAUUUAGACCUAUAUUCUCAGAUGUAACGCUGACUCUUGAUGUAUCGACACUUCAACCUGGAGAAAAUGUGAAUGACGUACUUAAUGGCUACCGUUUGGAGAAGGCAAAAGGCAAAUGCUAUGAAUUCAAAGGCUCAUAUGAAGAAGUAGAAGAUGUUUUUUGGAAGUUAUCCGUCUUAAAGAGAUCUCCUGGUCCUGACGUCAAAUAUCAGACCCAAGACCACCAAGAUCACAGCUCUACCCAAAAGAUGGAACCUGUGGAGGUGGUUGCGACUGUAAUAGACUACAUUUAUCAAAAGUAUAAACAAGAACUUGAUAGAGCUGUUGGGAGUGAUGUAUGUCUGAAACUGAACAAUGCCCGUGAUCAAGCCAAUUUCCUUCCUUUGAGCCCCAGCCCAGAAGCGACUCGACGUUGUCUUUUUGCCAGGGAGAGAUUUAUCACUUUCUAUCAGAAGAUUGCAACCGACUUGAAAGAAAGGACAUUCAACGUCAGUCCAACAUUGAUGGUGACCAAACUCAACCACCUAGAACGUGAAUUUCCAAAGCUCAAGAUAAGUAGUGAUUCGGGCAGAUAUAGUUCAAGCCAAGUUUCAGUGACAGGCAGCUUUGCAGACACGUUGAGAUUCGAGGAUUUUUUGAAGAACGGAGGGAAGACAUCUCACUGGCCUACUAAGCAACACAGACAGCAUUCACCGACUACUGUCGAUGGUGCCUCUGGGUUCUCCACGACAAAGAAUCAACAGGAGCAAGAAAAAGAGGAUUGUCCGAUUUGUCUGGAUACAAUAAAACAGUCAGAGAAGAAGACUUUGCCUAAGUGUAAGCACUCGUUUUGUGAAGACUGUUUAAGCAGGGCCUUUGAGGCAAAGCCUGCAUGCCCGGUUUGUGGAACACUCUACGGUAGCCUGAGGGGUACACAGCCAGAUGGUGGCGAGAUGACGCACUCAAUGGUCAAAGCACCUUUACCAGGAUAUGAGAAUUAUGGGUCAAUUGUGAUUCGAUACUACAUUCCAGAUGGAAUUCAAGGGGAGGAGCACCCCAAUCCUGGUAAGCCAUAUGAAGGGACGGCCCGCACGGUCUUCCUCCCGGACUGCAGUGUGGGCCGCAGGGUUCUGAAGCUCCUGGAGAGAGCCUUCGAGCAGAGACUCACCUUCACCAUCGGACAGUCCUCCACCACCGGCCGGAGUAACGUGGUCACCUGGAACGACAUCCACCACAAGACCAACCGCACUGGAGGGCCCAGCGGCUAUGGAUACCCUGACCCAGAUUACCUGAACCGUGUGCAGGACGAGCUGAAAGCUAAAGGAAUUUAUUAACCUCUUUGGCGUCUUUCCGAAACGAAGCUCAAGAUGGAAAAAAGGCAUUUUCAGAUGACGCUUAAGUUGAAACAUAUAGUACAAUAAAAGUUUAAAGUGCAUUUUAACACCUUUCAGUAUACAGAAAAUACAUUGUAAAUUAAAAAUGUACAACACUUAGUAAACAAGGUCUUGAUGGCACCUUAUUAUACAGGAAUAGCAAAGUUACCUGUGAAGGCCCAACGUCUGCCAGAAGUCUCAAACUUUUGCCAAAGCGUAUUACCAAUUUCUAUUUUCACUACAAAAGUUAAGUAGUCCAUCUGUCAAACUGGAAGUUCCUGAAAAAACGGUAUUUUUCCUUUAUUUAUAAACACUGCAAAAUGGUUCUGUCUAAACUGUUUGCUACAUAUUUUCCAUGUGAAUCCCUGUGGUCACACCAAGGGUAUAAAUAGUGUAGCUGUUAAGAUUUCAAAUAUAUGUAAAUUUGUUAAAUGUUGUCGGGUUUUGACAAAACGCGUUGGAUUCACGUCUUCAGCUCAAAAGCCAGCUCUGAGACUGAAGUGGGCGGGGCCAGCUCUGAGACUGAAGGGGCGUGGCUGGCCAGGCAGCGGUAUUGCAUUGGUCGUCUUCACCCGGUGGCAGUUUGAUUGCCAAUCACGCGCAGGAUCUCCCUGUAGAUGCAGCCAUCUUGUGUGUUGAUGCUUGUGUCACCAACCUGUCCGUCCUCAUAACUACAGGAAAAAUAACAGGAUUAAUAUCACUGAAAUAUAAAAAAAUGUUUAAAAAAAAGUCUAGAUAUUUCUAGUUAUCAUCUCUAUCCCCAACCCAUUACCCCCUCAUUGGAAUCCACUCAACACCUCAUGAGGAAGGACAACACAAUACAAAGUGUAGAAGGAACUCUUGGCUAAGCAUAAUUCACUGUCUAAUCAAUCAUUUCCACACUGCCAGAGUAGGAAGACAUUAAAAAAGAAACAAUUUCUGUCCUGAAGAAAAAACAGCCAGGCCAGCCAUUUUCAGUUGGCUUAUACAAAUCUGCUGGAAUAAAAAUAUGAUUGCCAUGUGUAAAUGGAAUAUUCUUUCCUUAGAUAUAGAUCCUUGAUGGGAUCAUCCCAGCUAAUAGAAAACAUUCUCACAAUGUUGCUGCAAUGUAGUCCGCAAUGUUACAACAUUCACAAAACAUUUUGUGUUAGCUGGGAUAGCAGAGGUUGCUGGUUGGUAAACAUGUUGUUUGUGUGUGUCAGUAGUUCAGAAGGUGUCAGUACUCACACAAAGAAAAAUCUGGUGCAGACGUGGUCUGUGUUCGGUACCACCCAGAUGUCACCGUGCUUGUGCAGAUCAGGGGAAGUAAUGACUGCAAAAGAGGAAGCGCUUCAGUUUACACCUGUCAGUCUGAACCAUCACACCACAAGCAACGGCACGUACCAUCCCAUAAGGCUAUGCAUUACUGGCCACACAGAUACCUUCCCAUAAGGCCAUGCACUACAGACCACACACGUACCUUCGCAUAAGGCUAUGCACUUCAGGUUCCGACUCUGUAGGAACUGCGGCUGGUGGCCCUUCUUCUGUGACUGCGGACACAAAGCAGACCCAUGCCCAAGAGGCCCGUCACAUUCAGGCUGUAAAAUCAGUGGGUUUCCAACUGACCGCCCUCAAUGCCUGUGUGUCACUACAACAGAAACGGUUAGCCGGCCAAGCUAAAGUUCACCAAGCCAAAAGAAUUAAUGUUCUUAUUCAGCCUUGAGGGGUGACAUCUUCUGUAGUCCUCAAACUUCAGAAAUGAGUACAAUCAUGUUGUUUAACCAUCUUUAAAAAAACAUUUUUUACCUGCAAGCUGAUGUUGGUCUUGUUACUUGCUGCCAUGUCGUCCUUCGAGGAAACUUUCUGCUGCUUUUUAUUCAUCCCUGCAGAAUGAAAAGCACACCUGUAAUUUCUCACUACAAACCUACCUUUUAUUAUUAUUUACAAUAUUAAUUCCUAGUAAUGAUUUUAUUCUUGUAUUCACUGUUGAAUUCACUUAAGGUAAACAGCAUUGUUCCAGUUGAAUCUUUUGUUGUUUAAUGUAUUUUAAAACAAAAGAAUGACUUCAAUCUGUAUCAGAAAAAAUUCCCUCAGUGUUGUAAAUGCUAAAGAUUUUGUGGACAGUAUGAAGCAGACAGUGGCUCUCACCUGAGUAACCAAAGGAAAUGCUUGACAAUGGGCUUAGAUAGAUUCCACUCCCAUAGAUGGCGCCAUGGAGCUGCAGAACAGUAUCAACCAUUAGAAACUGCCAACUUCCUGUCCAACUCGAAUACUCUAGCCCUGUGAUAGUAUCUAUGGUUGUAGUCAGAAACAAAAUGUCCAGUGAUAUGCAACCAAGACAGCUCUGCUCAUUAAUUUAUAUUGAAUAGAGUUGAAGGUAUCAUCAACAUUAUUAUCUGUAACAGAUUAUAUCUUAAUAAUUAAGUAUGAAUUUGCAUGAAGAAGUAGUAGUAUGUGUAGAAAAUUUGGUCGCAGUUUUAAAAGCAACAUGUAGUUCUAAGUUUUUACAGCCUUAAAACACUUCCUUGAAGGUAACAAUUCAGCUUUACUUCAAUAUAGCUACCAGUAUGUGUAUGAACUGUAGUAUGUACCAUGUAUAAUUUUAUCUAGUUUAUUACCUGGAGUCUUGUGUUCGAUGCAACAACCAGUCCAUUCCUCAGGAUGGAGUGCCAAUUCUCUAUGUGAGAACCACUGAGAAGAAAGAUUAAACAAAACAAAAUAAAACUCAUACUCUAACUCUAACAGUCACGGUACUGAAAUGUAAUUUAACCGAAGCCCUCAUAAUGUGUGAGAUGACUGCUGUACUACUUAAAAUAUACUAAAUGUAUUACUGUGGAAAUGUGAUUCUGUAAUGAAUAUUUACCUUAUUUAGGAAAUAUAUUUGUUGCAUGACGAAUAAACAGAAUAUGU